AUGGAUCUUCAAAGCAAUUUCUCAGAAAAAGUUUCAUUGAUUAGAUCUCAGCAAAAAACUAUCAAACUGUAUGAAAAGCAAAUUAGAGUUCUUGAAGAAAAUAAUAUUAAUUUAAAGCAAACUGUUGAUUUGUUGAUAAAGUAUAUAACUGAUGAAUUGCAUGAAAACUUGCCUUCAUUGCCUGCCCUUCCAAGCGAAGAUGAAGAAAUUCAUGUAAGAAUGAUGCCAUAUAUAAACCAAAAGCCGAAAACCUCACACAAGUCUGCAAGAAAGCACAAGCCUAGAGGGCUUAAUCAGAGUUAUGAUGCUGAAACUCUGAGAAAAUUAUCAUCUCAACCUUUGCCUUCUUCAAGCACAAAAUCAUCAAUUUUUGAUGAUGAAAUUGGUUUAUAUAAGUCUUUUGCAGGCUCUUGGUUUUUAAAAAUGAUUUUAGAUGCCCAAUUUAGCAGAAAAGACAUGAAGCCACUGACAAAAUACUUAAAACAGGAAAACUACUCAAAACUAGCCCCAUCCAUGAAAUAACAGAACCAUUUGAAAAAUCCCUAUUUUUUCCCAAAAACCUACCUUCCAUGAAAGAACAAAAAUUUUUUACAGUAUAAUGAAUCUAACAGCUUGCAUUUAAACAUAAAUUUUACAAAUUACAUGAAUGCUUACUUUCCAAUUUUUGCGAAUUGGGAUUUUUUUAAAUUUUUUAGAAAUAUAUUAAUUUUAACAAACAAAAAAUUAACCCCCCUCAGCCAGUAAAUAAAAUUUUUUGGUUUGCUCAAAGGGGAGUAAGAUGAAUUUUAUUUGAAUCUUUAAGUUUCUUUUUAUCACUAAGAAAUGUGGCUUUUCAGAACUAUGAAAACGUUUUUCUUCCAAGGGUUCUUGAAAUGAUUUCGGAUAUUUUAGAAAUUGAAAGGGUAACUGUUUUCCUAUAUGAUGAAGAGUCAAAUCAGUUUUACUGCAAAGCAAUUAAUACUGAAAUAUCUGAACAAAUUGUUGUAAAUAAGGAUUUUGGCCAUUUUUCAUAUUCAUGUGAAAAACCGUUUUAUAUGAAUGAAGCUGCAGAUGAUUUUCGGUUUGAUUGAAAAUAUGAGAAAAUAUGUAGAACAAGCGUCAAUAAUGUGCUAUGCUAUCCUUUAAAAGUGGGAGACCAGCUAAUUGGAAUUUUAGAGUGCAUAAAUAAGAGGACAAAAUUUUCAUCUGAAGAUUUACCUAUUUUUGAGCAAAUUGUAAAGCAACUUUCAAUAGGAAUGGCUACCUAUUUAUUGAAAGAAUUGUCUAAAUUUAAAAUAAACUCAGAUAGAUAUAUUGAGAGGUCUAAAGAUUCCUUAGUUAAUCCAGUAUUGAAUUCUUUGACAAGCUGCUUGAAAUAUCAGCUGAAUUGUGAUGGGGUUGCUGUUUAUACUUAUAAUGAAAAUAAUAAAGAAAUAUCCAGCACAGUAUUGCUAGGUGUAGAGCCUAAUUCCGCUAGUGAUAUAAUCGCAAAUGAAGCUUUAAUAUCCCAAAAUCCAAUCAUUAUAACUGAUGCAGAAAAUCAUCCAGAUCUUAAGUUUGAUAGCAAUUUCAAAUUCAAAGAAGCCUUAUGCUAUCCAAUAAAUCAGAAAGGCGCUAUUUUAUGUCUUAAUAAAGCUGGCACUAAUAAAUUCAAGGAAAACAGCCAAAGGAUUUUAAUAAAUUUUUUGUCUAUUUAUGAAAAUUUAAUGACAGCUUCAAGCAAUUUGGAAGGGAUUUUGCAAGCUUCAGAUUUAAAUGAAGUUUGCUUUCAAGCCACCAAAGAAGCAAUUUUGCAUGUCAACUUUGAAGGGCUUAUUUUAAAAGCAAAUGCCCACGCUGCAGAGUUAUUCAACCUUAAGCAGGAAAGGAUUGUAGGCACUAUAAUAAAUGAAAUAUUUGAAAAUUCGCAUGAGUUGUUGAGCAAAAUUGUUGAAAUAAUAAAAAGUAAUGCCUCUAAUGCUUUGAAAAGACAAAAAAUAGGACUAUUUAUUGGGAAUGAAAUGAAAUGGAUAAACGCGGAUUUUACUUUUAUACCAAUUGAUUCAAUUUAUAUUUUUUUGAUCCGAGCUUCGAAAAAUUAG